CUCUUGGCUGUUUUCUGAGAGUUUGUCCUGGAUCUGGGGUUGAGCUGCACCGACGGAGAGAAGCUGUGAAGCCCCCCGAACUUCUCCCUGAAUGUCGAAGCUGAGCCGGAGCUCAGCGUCUUUUCGAGAUGUUGUCUCCCGGCGCGUCUUUCGUGCAGAUCAACUUCGAUGACAUCCUCUUCUACGAGAACUGCGGCGGCGGCAGCUUCGGGAGUGUGUAUCGAGCCAGGUGGAUCUCCCAGGACAAAGAGGUGGCGGUGAAGAAACUGCUCAAGAUUGAAAACGAGGCGGAAAUUCUCAGCGUCCUCAGCCACCGAAACAUCAUCCAGUUUUACGGCGCAGUUGUUGAGGCUCCCAACUAUGGAAUCGUCAUCGAGUAUGCAAGCGGUGGCUCACUGUACGACUACCUGUCCAGUGAUGAGAGCGAGAAGAUGGACAUGGGACAGAUCAUGACGUGGGCUGCAGAGAUUGCCAGAGGAAUGCACUAUUUACACUCAGAGGCCCCUGUUAAGGUGAUUCACAGAGACCUGAAAUCCAGGAACGUGGUUUUAGCUGCAGAUAAAGUUCUCAAGAUCUGUGAUUUCGGGGCAUCCAAGUUCCUGACUCACACAACACACAUGUCGCUGGUGGGCACGUUUCCCUGGAUGGCUCCGGAGGUGAUCCAGAGUCUGCCCGUGUCGGAGACCUGUGACACCUUCUCCUAUGGUGUGGUGCUUUGGGAGAUGCUCACCCGCGAGAUACCCUUCAAAGGCCUGGAAGGUUUACAAGUGGCCUGGCUCGUGGUGGAGAAGAACGAGGUAUUUUACUGCAUGAUUACAUGUGUAUAUAAAGUACUGACCCUCAACUGGAGGAUCAUCAUUGUCCAGAUAAGUAAACCUUCCUUCACGCCGAAUAGAUGUUGUGGCUCUUCAACGUAUUGUGGGGAUUUAUAUGUUGUCAGCAUCUCAGGAUUAUCCUACUUUAAUCCAUUCUGGUGUGUGAUUGAGGUAAAAAAAAUCUCGUUCAAAGUUGAAACAUUUUUUAGAAUUACACUUCCAUACUUUUACACUAGAAGAUGAAUACCACUCGUGUGUCUGUAUGGUAAAUAUGAAGACUGAGCUUAGCAUAAAGACAGGAAACAAGGGCGAACAGUGAGUGCAUGAAAAACACAAGGAAAGGUGUGAUUAGACAGGCCGCCCUUCUCGUUUCUCAUUUUGUGCUUCCUCAACUCCUCUCCUCCUGUCUUAGUCCCUCCCAGGAAAGGUGCAGAUGGAGGAGGUAAGGAUAAGACACAAGGAGAGAGUUGAGACAACAGUCAUUUAACAAAAUAAGACACCAUUACCUCAAAGCUGUUGUUUUAAAGUCAAUUAAAUACGACACAGCUACAUC